AUGACAAAGGCGUUGUUUCUGGCCUCGGCCCUGGCGGCGGGCACAAUAGCUCAGACCACAUCAGUCGUGGGCGUGUUCCUCAAUACCUAUGAGGUCGGCAACAUUACUCUACAAGGAUCUGUGAUUUCUGCUGCACCUGACGCGACCACCUACUCUAUCACGAGGGUAGAUGACGCGACUUGCACCCAGGACUGCACAGACGAUCCCCAGCAAACAGGACUCACAGAUGACCUGCAAAUGACAUUCGUCAACGGGCCAUCGACUUUUGCUCACCACCUUAUCAAGCCUGGCCAAUACACGAUUGACUAUGAGUGUAAAGUCAGCGAUGGUACCAAUGCCGAUUGCGAGGGUACAUCGAGCGGCCCGUCGGUUGUGCCCGGCAGACAAAUUGAAGCCAUGGUGUGGGCUUCGACCAGCCUGACGCCGGUGACCAUCACGGCCGGCCUGGAGAAGAUACUGGCUGUGAGCACUGCUACGGCUGGCACGGCUCAGACUGCCGCAUCUGCAUCUUCGGGCGCCUCUCAGACGGGUGCUUCUGCGUCUGCGACUUCUUCCGACUCGGCCCCCGGCGCCUCGACUACGGCGAGCUCUGCGGCCGCGGGCGCUGGCCACAACAUCGUCCUUGGAGUGGUUUGUGGAAUACUCUUUGUGAUGCUGGGACUCUAG